AAUCGAACUCCCUUACUGUGGUUAUGGGAAUUAGAGAAGUUCCCUGGCGCCGCCACUAUCACAUUUCUGCUUAGUCACUCUCACUGAACGUUUGGUUUGCACAAGUGGUGACUGUAUGGGUUAUAUAGUUAUGUUAUUUUAUCGCAACCAGACUACACCCUUAGGUAAGACGAGUUUAGCUUGUUUUGGUUCUUGGUGCUGCUGUGGGUAGAAGACGUCGCCGACGUCUUGGGACCAUCUGCGAAGUGACAGAUUGCAACAUCACCGUGAUACCGCGUGACAGUGGCUUGGGAUGCUAGCGCGAACGACUCUUUGGUUAAAAAAUAAGGCGACCAGCAGUUUUGUACAGAGAUACGUUCAACGUUUCCUUUUCUCGGGGACCAGUGCAUUGUCUGGCAGGAAAACAAGUGAGCAAAGUUGGUUAUUUAGCAAAUGAAUGGGCUGUUCUAGGAAACUAUGUUCGUAAUUUUGACAGCGACCGUAUAGCCAUCAGUUGGAAAACACAGAAGCCCUCGGAGAGAAUGGUUCCCCAUUUGACAGCAUUUAAUUUAAAAAAGUGCUUCUUUAACCCAUCCUCUUUGCAUUAUCUUCUUUAUGGGAAAACACUACAGAUAACCUUCCUUUUACAUUUUCCCUGUGCAAUAUGAUUUUAUUCCUUGCAGAUAUGAGUCAAGGCCAGGGUCAAGCUCCUACAGGUCAGGACCAGGAUCAGGUCACUGGGAUGGUGUGUCUGGAGUCUGACCUGCAAGAUGGACAGUAAGAUCUUAUCACACACCCAUCACACAAUCAGAUAGCUUAUUCAUAUUAUAGUACUUUUGCUGCAAAUGUAAGAUACAAAAUAUAUUAUUCCAUAGUAGGCCUAAAGGUAGAGUAUUACACACCGACAUGCAAGUAUUCAAAUAACAUUGUAUUACAUUCAUGUCAUUACCCAUGACUGGACCUUAGAGGCAAUAUGUAAAAUACAGUAAUACAACUUGAGUUGAUCCUUUCCAUGUUCUUCUUAUAUUUGUCAGGUAUCUAAAUGUGACUCUUUGCUUGUCUAUAGGAUGAAGGAGGUGGAGGUGGAGGAGCAGAAGAUUCUAUUGGUCCGUACCCAGGGCCUGUACAGUGCUGUAGGGAGCAAAUGUUCCCACUAUGGUGCUCCUCUCAUCAAAGGUAUUAUCUACACACACAUGCAUGCACACACACUUGCAGGAGGGUAAGCAAGUCAUGACAUGUUCAUGGCUGGGCCAUGAGUUAGCAGUUAUUAUUAUUUGUUCUAAACCAUUGUGUUGAAAAUUGGGUCAGCCCAUACAGGCUUGUGUGUUUUGGUAGUCUAUUCAUUCAUGUAGAGUGUAUUUACAUAGAGAACACUAUUCAAAACUCUGUCAUGAAAAAUGUAAUCUGGCAGGCUUGUUGACAGUUCCAUUGAUGCAAAUUUACAAUAAUGGAAUUUGUCAAGGUGUCAUUCACCACGCUCUGUGGCUGCUGGCUAUGCCCUUUUCAUACGUCUCACAUUACAAUCUGAUUGGGUGCAAAUCAUUAUUCACAAUCAGGGAUGAAAGUAGGCCGGACCGGUGUCCUUGUAAGUAAAUCGUGGGGGUAAUAAACACAGGUAUUAGUCACAUUGGAGAGUGGAGAGAAUAUUGUGACCAUAUCCGUGCCCAUGAUAGUGUGGCUACUGUAGUGUUUUGAACAAUGAAUAUGUCAUGCUCUCUCAUGUCACAGGAGCCUUAGUCGGGGACAGAGUGAGAUGUCCCUUUCAUGGUGCCUGCUUCAACAUCAAGACUGGAGAUAUUGAGGAGUAUCCCGGCUUGGACUGUUUGCCUAGUUAUAAGGUAUUAACUUGCUUUAUAUUAAUAAUGGAGUUCAAUAACUGAGGAACAAUAACUGAAACGAUGGAUACUGUAUGUCUUUGAAUGUGUUGAUUCUGUCACCCACACUAACUCAUCUUUAUUUUCAAAGGUCAAAGUUGAAGAUGGUAAAGUUUAUGUGUCAGUAAACAAAAAGGUCAGCAAGAAUGCAUGAUUUUCUGAACAUAGUCUCUCUUUCCUAAAUGUACAUGUAGCUUACUGAGACAUUUGGUGCAUAGAUGGCCCUUAUGACUAAAGUAUCCAUAAUCUCCUCAGUCUCUGAAGCUGUACAAGCGGGUGAAGGACAUGAGCUGCAGAGUGCCAGGGGUCAGGCACACCGUCCUGCUGAUAGGAGGAGGUGAGGACUGGGCCUGAAAUGUCAGGAAAAGAGGAGGCUUCUUCAGGGAGUGGAGACCUCAAAACUAAAUUAUGUGUGUGUACAGGACCUGCCUCUUUGCUGUGUGCCGAGACUCUGCGACAAAACCGCUACGAAGGUCGAAUCGUCAUGGUGACCAGGGACACCCUGCCACCCAUUGACAAGCCCAAGCUCAGCAAGGUAAGGGUCAAAGGUCAUGGGUCAGUUGAAAGCUGGCAUGACCACCGCUGUUCUAGAACGCUGUGAAGUUAUUUUAGUAUCCACAAAGUUUGUAAUGCCCCUUCUCUUCCUCUCUUGCUACUCCUCCUCAGGCAAUGCAUUUGGAGAGUACUAGCCUCCUCCUUCGGACAACUGACUUCUUCCAGCAGCAUGACAUAGAGCUGUGGACGCAAAAGGAGGUGAGACCAGGGGGAGGAAUAAUGUGGCAAUAAUAAACCUGUUGACAUAGCCUUCUGGAGUAUCUUUUUAUGAGUUGUCAGCACACACAAUGUAUUGAAGCCAUAGAGAUAAUGUAGCAUACUGUGUUUGGUCAGCACCUCCAUGUGAUCUAACUUGUGAUCUAAGCCCUGGCAUUUUCUAAUGUGUGUGUGUUUGCCUGGGGUGUUUGUAGGCAGUAUCUGUGAACCCAGUAGAGAAGACAGUGAAGCUGAAUGACGGCUCCUUGCAGAACUAUGACCAGCUGCUCAUAUCAACAGGCUGCAGGUCAGUGGCCUGUUACUGUUACCCCUCCCUUAUUGAACACCGUUUGGGUCCUUAUGUGUCAAAAAGAUCCACGUUAAAUUACGCUAUUUGACGUGUCAAAUAACCAAAUUCUAUUAUAGAAUGUUGUGUGCGCUGAAUUUGCAUAUGCAGGCCAAGCACCACCACUACAGUCAGUAGCACUGUCAAAGCAGUACAAAAAAAAGUCUGCAAACAAGCACACACACCAGCACCUAUUUAUGUGUUUACAAUACCGCGUUGGUAAUAAGACAUCAUUUGUUAGACUGAAUGGGAAAACAGUGUGAACAGCCUUCCAUUAUCGUCCCUAGAGUGAAUACAAUACUUGUCAGCACUAAGCAACAGGUGGAUAUUUUUAGGUCCUUUUGUUGACUACAGUAAUCAAAUAUGGGCACAGUUAAAGAACAUUUGAUUUGAAACAGCCACACUCUGGUCCCCUGCCUGUCUUGGUAUAUGCUACCUAGACAAUGUCAGAGCCAUAGCUAUAGUCCUACAGCGUUUGUCACCACAUUUUCCAUGACAAUCACAUUCUCAUUUGAAUUGGUGACCAUUUGAAUUCUAGAUGUCAAACUCUACUGAAUCUGUAUGCCUAUGUAUCUAUUGCUCUGUCCCAUACUAGCAUGUUAGUUGUCGUUUUACCCACAUCUCCCUCUCUUUUUGCCUCCCUGUAGGGCGAGGCCUCUGAGCUGUCCUGGCUCUGAGCUGGAGGGAGUGAGGAUACUGCAGAGCUACGAGGACGCCAAGGAGAUCCACCAAUCCUGUGUGGGAAAGAAGGCUGUGGUCGUUGGAGCCUCCUUCAUAGGUUAACCAUAAAGAGUCCUAUUUUUUAUUUUUAUUUAUAAAUUAAAUGUAUAAGUAGUUUAUAAACUAUAGGUUUGUGACUUGGUUCGUUACAGUAAGGUAAGGUUUUUGUAUUUGAUAAGUAAGACUUUAAUUAGAUUUUUGUGCCUCAAAACCAAGUUUUCCCUCCUCCAUUUUAUGUCAUAGGUAUGGAGGUGGCAUCCUACUUGGCAGACAAAGCUGCCAGUGUGGCGAUGGUUGGCAACUGCUCAUAUCCCUUUGAGAGGUCCCUGGGCCCAGAGAUUGGGAAGAUGACAAUGCAGGUCUGAGACAAUGGUUAUCAUAUGUAAUGUACUUUACCUGAUACAACACCCACCACUAGGCUACAAACGUUUAUGAAUAUGUAACUCCCAAGUUUUUAUAGUAUAAAUCUCAACAUGUGUGUGUUUCUCAUCUGUCGAAGAUGUUGGAGGAGAGCAAAGUCAAGUUCUACAUGAAUGACGGAGUGGUGGAGAUCAGAGGCGAGAAUGGCAAGGUAAAGUAAAUCAAUAUUCACCCAGCAGUAAACAUCACCACAACCCCCUCACUGUAAUACAUGUAAUGGACAUUCUCUCAAGACCCAUAGAGAUGAUUAAGAUGGAAAAUUGUUGUUUGAAUAGGUGAAAGAGGUUGUUCUGAAAAGCGGUGCAGUCGUGGAAACGGAUGUGGUGAUAGCAGGGAUCGGUAGGUAAUCUGAUACUUCUGCAUAUCCUUAAAUAUCCGUAAAAGAUAUGUUAAGAGUUUCCAUCAGCUCACACUUUCCCUGUUUAACCUCUCUACAUGGUCUCUGUGGUACUUUCCCAUCUUAUUUCCACCAUUUGUUUGAAUUAACCAGACCUGGGUUCAAAUAGUAUUCGAUGUCAGGCAAGUUCAAUCAAGUAGAGCUGAAAUAUUUUAAAGAAAAUAAAUACUAUUAGAACCCAGGUAUGAUAGAUGGUUUUUCACAAUGUCUCUAAUGUACACUACACUAUUGGAGUUAUUGAGGUAACCAUCAUGGUUUCUCCUUAGGUGUCAUUCCUAACUCUGACUUCCUGAAGGAAAGCCAGGUGGAGGUGGAUUCUAGAAAGGCUGUCAUCAUUGAUAAGGUAACUAUGGAGAUGGUUAUCAUGAACAAACUAUAGUUAUGUUGAGGUAAUAACUGUGGUACUAAUGGUUUACACUCCCCAACACAUUGCUGCUUCCCUACAGUUCAUGAGGACCAACAUUCCAGAUGUUUUUGGAGCAGGAGACGUGACGUCCUUCCCUCUCACCAUACGGAAAGACCAGAGGGUCAACAUCGGACAUUGGCAGCUGGCAUCAGCUCACGGUAAAAUCAAAUUUGAUUUGUCACAUGUUUCGUAGACAAAAAGUGUACACAAACGGUGAAAUACUUACUUAUGGGUCCUUUUCCAACAAUGCAGAGUUAAAGAUAAGAUAAACAAAGUAAUAGAAAUAGUGACAUGAGGAAUAAAAACCCAGUGAAUAAUGAAUAGAAAUAAUGAGUAAAAAGAACAUGGCUAUAUACAGGGAGGAGAAAAUAACUAUGGAAAUGGCAACGAGAGAUUGUCAGUUGGUUGGAUGUUAGAAAUAGAAUUGACUAACAUUUUUUAUGUGUUUGCUUUCUCCUCAGGAAGGGUUGCAGCACUGAAUAUGUUACAGAAGCAGACUAAGAUCGAUUCUGUUCCUUUCUUCUGGACAGUGCUGCUAGGGAAGAGUGUCCGCUACACAGGUGAUAAUCCGAGAUGAGAUAGUCAUACCCCUACACUCUUAGAAAAAUUGUUCUAAACGGGUUCUUUGGCUCUCCCCAUAGGAUAACCCCGGUAGAACCCUUUUGAGUUCCAUGUAAAACCCUCUGUGAAAAGGGUUCUACAUGGAACCCAAAAGGGUUCUACCUGGAACCAAAAAGGGUUCUUCAAAGGGUUCUCCUAUAGGCCCUUUUCACGAUGACGUCAUCUAACUUCCGCCUUUCCGCGUAGCAGGUUAACUUCACUUCCGUUCGCCCGUAACCUGAGACUUCUCAACGAAAAUACAACUGUUGACCACUAACUAGCAAGCUAGCUACUUGAAGAAAUUCCAAAAGGUACGUUUAAGUUAAAUUAGUAAAGUUAAGAGUAAUAAUGUUUACGUAUAUGCAAUGGUUUGUAACUUGCUAACGUUAUUGUUAAUUCAUAAUUGUUCACUGCCUUAGUUACUUAAAAGUGGGCUAACGUUAGCUAACAACAACUUAGUACCAGAUACCGAUAACGUUAAAAGGUAGCGUUACAUUGCUGCCUGGCUGUAAUGUAACAAGUUUACUUAGCUAGCUAUCUAACCCUUUGUUAGGCAGUUAGUUUAUUCAUGAAUGUAUAGUAACUCACCUAUUCAAAUACUGUUGUGCAUGAUAGCUAGAUAAAUAUUGAUUCCUGGUCAAAGCUGAAUGUUAAUUUAGCUGUUUCUUUUCUCCCGGUGUCUGUAUCGCAACAGUAUCCCAUCCAACACCGAAGCAUGGCACAAUCUUCGAGAAGAUGCUAUUGCAGUGUACCAUUUUGUUCAAACAACAAACAGAAAUUCCCGUAUCUGAGUUUUCACGAUUUCCCUGUUGAUGGAGAAAUACGUGCCCGUUGGGUGAGGGCGAUCAGGAGAGAUGAGGGACCAAGUUUUAAGAUUCUUCGUGGGAGCACCUUUGUUUGCAGUCAGCACUUUCCCCCUGAGGAUAGAUACACAUCGGCCAGUGGACGGAUCCGUAUUAAACAGGGAUCAGUGCCGUCUAGAUUCCACUGGAAUGAUUGGGGUAAGGAUAGGUAGACAGCGUUAAACGUAAUACUACUGUAAUCCAAUAAUAUAUUACUUAUCAAGCUUCGAUCUUGAAGUAAGGGACCACUUGUCAGCAAGUCGUUCUACGUCGUUAAGUCGUAUUGGUGGCAGAUGUGAAAGGGACUGGGUGAACUCCAUAAUGAUGUGCUACUAGCUAAGCGUUCCUAAGCGACACCGGAUGUAAACAUAACCUGCAUCGCGGCAGAACGGAAGUUGUCUGACGUCACGUGAAAAGGGCCUAUUGGGACAGCCGAAGAACCCUUUCAGGUUCUGGAUAGCACCUUUGUUUCUAAGAGUGUAGAAUGAAACAGAAACAGUCCCUGUUCAAUUAACUUAGUGUAUUCGGAAAGUAUUCAGAUCCCUUGACUUUUUCCACAUUUUGUUACGUUACAGCCUUAUUCCCUCAUCAAUCUACACACAAUACCCCAUAAUGACAAAGAAAAAAGUUUUGGGAAAAUUUUGCACAUUUAUAAAAAUAAAUAUCACAUUUACGUAAGUAUUCAGACCCUUUACUCAGUACUUUGUUGAAGCACCUUUGGCAGCUUGGCACACCUGUAUUUGGGGAGUUUCUCCCAUUCUUCUCUGCAGAUCCUCUCAAGCUCUGUCAGGUUGGAUGGGGAGCAUCGCUGCACAGCUAUUUUCAGGUCUCUCCAGAGAUGUUUGAUCAGGUUCAAGUCCGGGCUCUUGCUGGGCCACUCAAGGACAUUCAGAGACUUAUCCCGAAGCCACUCCUGCGUUGUCUUAGCUGUUUGCUUAGGGUCGUUGUCCUGUUGGAAGGUGAACCUUCGCCCCAGUCUGAGGUCCUUAGCACUCUGGAGCAGGUUUUCAUCAAGGAUCUCUCUGUACUUUGCUCCGUUCAUCUUUCCCUCGAUCCUGACUAGUCUCUCAGUCCAUGCCGCUGAAAAACAUCCCCACAGCAUGAUGCUGCCACCACCAUGCUUCACCGUAGGGAUGGUGCCAGGUUUCCUCCAGACAUGACGCUUGGCAUACAGGCCAAAUAGUUUAAUCUUUGGUUCCAGAGAAUCUUGUUUCUCAUGGGCUGAGAGUCCUUUAGGUGCCUUUUGGCAAACUCCAAGAGGGCUGUUAUGUGCCUUUUCCUGAGGAGUGGCUUCCGUCUGGCCACUCUACCAUAAAGGCCUGAUUGGUGGAGUGCUGCAGAGAUGGUUAUCCUUCUGGAAGGUUCUCCCAUCUCCACAGAGGAACUCUGGAGCUCUGUCAGAGUGACCAUCAGGUUCUUGGUCACCUCCCUGACCAAGGCCCUUCUCCCCUGAUUGCUCAGUUUGGCCAGGUGGCCAGCUCUAGGAAGAGUCUUGGUGGUUCCAAACUUCUUCCAUUUAGGAAUGAUGGAGGCCACUGUGUUCUUGGGGAUCUUCAAUGCUGCAGAAAUGUUUUGGUACCCUUCCCCAGAUCUGUGCCUCAACAUAAUGUCUCGGAGCUCUUCGGACAAUUCCUUCAACUUCAUGGCUUGGUUUUUGUUCUGACAUGCACUUUCAACUGUGGGAUCUUAUAUAGACAGGUGUGUGCCUUUCCAAAUCAUGUCCAAUCAAUUGAAUUUACCACAGGUAGACUCCAAUCAAGUUGUAGAAACAUCUCAUGGAAGAUCAAUUUAAACAGGAUGCACCUGAGCUCAAUUUCGAGUCCAUAGCAACAGGUCUGAAUAGUUAUGUACAUAAGGUAUUUCUAAAAAACUGUUUUCGCAUUGUCGUUAUGGGGUGUUGUGUGUUGAUUGAUGAGGAAAAUACUUUCCAAAUGCACUGUAUGUUGUCUUAUUUGUCUCUCAUACCUAUCGUUUCCAAGGCUACGGUGAAGGAUACACAGAGAUCAUAUUCAAGGGCAUAGUUGAGGAGAGGAAGUUCCUAGCUUUCUAUAUCAAGUAAGUGGCAAUGCAUUGCUUUACAUUCCCUGUUUUGGUCGGUAGUUUUGUAAAUGUCUUAUCUAUGCCUAAGAUGCAUCGUGUGUAGUUGGGCACAACGUAGCAAAAUGUUAUGCAACAGAAAUGAAAAUGAGUGUUCUUAUUGGACAGGACAAGUUCUAUUUUUAAAUGUUUCCUGAAUCCUGCCUACUGAACACAACUCUGAAAGCAUACAUAUGUGAUAACCAGGGAUGAUCAGGUGGUGGCAGCAGCCAGUCUGAUGUUUGACCCUGCUGUCGCUCGACUGGCAGAGAUGAUGUCAAACGGAUUAGUCAUAACCAAGGCACAGGCACAGUGAGUUACCCACCAUUUUAUAUGUACAUAGGUAAGAUAAAUAGAUUAGAGAAAGUUGCAGUGUGUUAAUGCCUUAGAAUGGCGUUAAGUUAAUUAAAAUGUUGUAUUUCUCUUUUGUAGAUCUGAUGACCUCAGUUGGUUACAAAUGUAAACCUCCCCUUCCUGCAACACUCCGUGGUCAGUGCCUGGUCCGACGGUACCCCCUUUAACCCUCAAAUCAAGAGAUAAAAUAUUUGUUGAUCUUACUCUUCUCUCGGUUUCCUUAUUACUCUUUAUUUUUUCCCCUCUCUUGCUAAAGUAGAUUUUUCCAUUAAAACCAAACCAAAGGCUGUUCAGAUCUGUCCAAGGCACCGUUACCAUGGUUACAUAGUACUUUGAUUCCAUUAAGUUCCCUGGCCUGUGGGCCCUUUGAUGAUAACACAUAAAAUGUGCAAGAACAACUCAUUAAUAGACAGUGAGUGGGAACAGCAUAAUACAAUUAACUCAAAUGGCAACAAUUCAGACUGUAUUGAAGGCUUUGAGAUAUAGAGACUAUACCUCUGCUGUUACAACAGACUGAGAUGGACAAUGAAUUAAAUGGUCUGAAUAACUAAGACUGUAAUCUGCUAGUUUGUUAAACAUUGUACUGUUACUGUACAAUAAAAAGCCAAAUUAUCUGUUUGUCCAUUUUUGUUUACACCUUCAAAGAUACUGUAUGUUAUUUUACUGCUUGCAAUGGUAUUUAGUUUGAUUCAUACGGUUUGUUCUUAGCAUUCUUACCCAUAACUUUUACAUGUGUGCAAGAGGAUAAUCCAAGCAAGAUAUUAUUUGAAAUAAUACCAUCUUAUUUCUUAUACUUCUUUAUCUUUUGUGGUGCACAGUUAGAUAGCUCUCUUUUCCGAAAGAACGGACAAUAUUUUCUAUUGUUCAAAUUAUUUUUUAAACUUCUUUCUGCACACAAAAUAUUCAAAGUAUUGAAUAGCCUUUUUCUUCACUUAUAUUACUGAAUGGAAAGACAUCCAUAGGCCUAUACUGUACGUGAACUUUGAUGCACAAGGCUUAUUUGAAUACAGAUAUUGGGAUGCUGUCACGGUUUCGGCCGAGGCUG